AUGUCGUCAUCUUCACAAGAUUCCGAAAUGAAACUUGAUCAACAACAACAAGUCUCUUCCCAUGAAGAAGCAGAACAUUCAGAAGAAAUCUCUGGACAUUUGAAAAAGACAAGAUUUCAACCUUCUUUUGAAGAGACGAAACAUGCUUGCUACAAAAUAUUCCAUUGCAAGAACAUCAAGUACGAUGUAAGAUCGUUUAGCAUCCUUGACAAAUUGAACAAGAAUAAGGGAGUGUUUGGUUUUAUUUGCAAAAGAGAUGGUCCUCUCGGAGGAAGCCUUUAUGUUGUCAAUGUUGGAGGAAAAAGCCUGUAUGAUGAAAACAGCGCUAACGCUCAAGAUAUGAGAGAAUUAAUAUUUUGUACUCCAAAACUUCGAUAUGCUUACAAUAAGGAUUUUACUGAUUUUGUGGACACCUUCGAACACGAAGAACGAAUUUCUUCCUAUUAUCUAAGUGAGAAAUGGAACGGAACCAAUAUUUUAUUGUUCAAAUACCACGAUGCUGAAGGUAAUGAAUUCAUUUCGGGAAAAACUAAAGGCAUGCCAACUCUCACUGAUUCAAACUUUGGAAAUUUCUUGACUUGCACCUUAAAUGCAUUGCAUUUACAAGAUUUCAUUGGCAAGUAUGAAGAUUUGUGCUUGAGAGAUGAAUUGAUAAAAAUGCACAGCGACCCGAAAAAUCCCAAUUAUAUGCCUCAUAUGGAUGAGUUUUUGAAUAACAAGGAUAUUCAAGCCAUGUCCUUAGAAAUCUGCGGUAACACUUUGCCUCACUUGGUCAAAUAUGAUUUUGCUUUGGAUUUGAAACCUCUGUUCUUUGUUCACAAAAGUGGCAAGAUAAGACCAUGUUUAAAAGUUCGUGGUAUGGAAGAAUUUGGACCUAUGCCAUACACUCCAUUUGAAUCUCAUAAGUCUUGCAUUAGACUGUGCAGAAUGCUUCAAAAAGAUAGCUUGGAAAGAAAUGAAAAUUAUAGAAAAAAACACAAUCUCAAGCACAAAUAUGAAUAUGAGCACUUUGAGGUCGAAGGUCACGUAUUAUAUUUAUUAGACGACCAUGGAUUUGUGGUAAGCAGAAAUUCUAUUUACAAGGUGAAACCUAGGGAUGUUGAAGAAGUGCAUUGGGAGCAGUUUGACGAAAUGAAAAAAGGUCAAGUUCGUGACGCUGUCUUAAAGAUGAAACAAAGAGGACUAUCUUUGUCAAAUGAAGAGGCUCUUAGAAAAGAACUAGACUGUGGGGACAAAGAAUGGUCCAAGUUCUCAAGAGAAAUAUUAGCUUUUAUCCAGAAAGAAUUUGGAAAUGAAUCUACAGAAGAUCAUAACGCAAAAAAGACAACUAGGUCAAAAAAAUCAAGAGAUAAGAAACAAGCAGUAAUUUUAGAGCAAGAAGCACCAGUCACAGCUGCAAGUAAAGAGGUUGUCAUUGAUGUUGCUACUGAAGUUAUUGCAUCCUCAACUAACGUGAACUCGCCAACUACUAAUGAAAAACAAAAGAGAAAUCAUCAAUCGAGAAACAAGAACAAGGUUCUCUAUGUCAAAAAAGAAUAA